UUAAUGCUUAUUUAUUGACUUGUUUAUGUCAAAUAAUACAGCUGAUCGUCAAAUCAAAAUAUACAAGACGUAAAAAAUGAUAAAAACAACUGUAAUAUUGUUAUUCUCACAUUUCUAGCUACAUUUAUAAAUCUCUAUCACAAUGGCUACGAUGGUUAAAGAAAAAUCAAAAGACAAAAGGAAAAGUAAAGAUAAACACAGAUUAAAAAAAGUUUUAUUACCAGAAGUGCAGAUAGAAGAGCAGGAGCAAUCUAUAUCCAAUGAAACUAUACCAAAUGAAAUCUUACCAGAAACACAAACUGUUACAGAAAUAACAAAUUUUAUAGAUAAAUCUAAUAUAAUUGAAGAAAAUAAAAAAGUAGAAGUAGAGCAACCUUUAAAUGUAACUGCCAUAUCCACUACUGAUGUAAAUAAGGAUGUUGAAUCUAUGGAAAAUAUUUCCAUCAGGGAAAUAGAAAAAGCCAAGGAAAUUGUGUUACCUUCAGCUCCUUUACUUGAAGAAAAUGUAUCUAUACAGACUUCCUACCUACAAACUGAAAAACUUCAGGAAAAUACGAAGAAAAAGGUCACAUGCUUGCCAUUAGAUGAAGCAAUAAGACUGUUUGGUGGAAAGGAGUUAGCUGAAGUUAGAUCAAUUAGUGAAAAAGAGGAAGCUAUUGUCGAAGCUGGCCCUCGAAGUAAACCUGAUCAUCCCUUAAUAGACCUGCUGUCUACUUUUAGAACUUCGUUGAUUGCUGUCGAUCGUGAACGCAAUCGCUUAAGCUGUAAAUAUGUCGAAGAGGAAAAAAGUAGAGCCACUCUUUGGAAAGUGGAAAAACAAACAUUAAAUUUAUCGGAAAAGUGUGCUUGUGGGACAAGUGUAAACUUGAAAGCUAACUUUGAUAUUGCUAAGCUGGACAGGGAAAGGUUAUCAGCAGCUCGCUUACGAUUAGAGGCUCUAUUGCAAGAUGUGCAGGAUUCAUAUUGCUAUCACCAACAUACAGCAUUGCAAACGCAUUGUGAUAUAGAUGAGGUGAUAAACGAAACGAUACAGAAACCAAAUGAAUAUAUUCGUGAGGCCUUGUUAUUGCUGUUCGAGGCUCUGCGAUUUAGUGACGCAGCGCCCGUCGCGUACGCUCAAGCGCUACAGCGCUGGGUCAGCGUGCUGUCUUCUGUUUUAUUAGAAGAGGAUAAUUUAAGUCACCUACUCUUUGUUCUACAUAAUCUAUUCAGACAGACGAGGUCAGUCCAGUGGGCGGGGCACGUGCUCAGCGUGCGCGUGCCGGACAUGCGCUCGGCGGCGCGCCUGCUGGGGGUGCUCGAGCUGCUGCUGACUCGGCCCUUGCUCGAGUCGGCGCACGAGUGCACGGAGGACAGUGAAGCGUGGGAGGAGCUUGACGAUAGUGGUGAGGCGUGCGCGGUGGGGGAGGGGCGGCUGCGCGAGCGGGACUUGCUGGCUCUGUUGCGGGCGCUGCCUCUGAGGGACUUACUCGGGCGCCUUGCUUUGUUCGGGAGACAGGAUAUGAGCGAGCAAAGUGAGCAGCGGUGGGGCGACCCGUCCGGCGGGCACGGCGUGCUGAAGGCGAGCUGCGGCGUGCGCGCGGCGCUGCACGUGUGCGUGCGCGCGCGCCGCUCGCACGCCGGCUACGCGCGCCUGCAGGCCCGCCUGCGCGCGCUGGCCGCCGCCGCGCUGCACGCGCUCGCCGCGCUGCACGCGCACUCUCGAUCGUCGUACGUCGUCGAUCUAGCAGAGAAAAUACCAGCGGAGCUGGAGGCUUGCUUCGCUGCAGGCCUCACUCUCCUGGGAGAGGAGGCGCACCAGCUGCCGGCUACGCUGUUGAGUGACGACGUCGUGGAAGAGUACUGCAACACGCUUAUUGGUGGCUUGCACGAUAAAUCGGUGCACAUCGCGUCGCUUUCGGUACAAGUAGAAGCGCAGUCGUGCGGUUUGCGCACGCGCAUCGUCGCGCAGGCCGCUCUGUCCCGCCCGCAGGACCAAGAUCUAGCUAAGACCGUGCUAGAUUUUUUGUUUCAGACGGGAAUUCAUCGCAAACCAACUUGUAAGGGUCUCUGUGACGUCACCGCGCGAGAACUCCUACCCAAAUUACUUGCAGUUCAUCCUCGCGUUCACACCCUCGCCUUCCACAUACUGGCUGACUACAACCAGGUGGAAGCGGACAGUUCACUGUUGGAGCCGCUUUCUCUUAAACAUUGGCGCCCAACAUCGGCCGAGAUGGUCGGCGUGCUGGACGACUGGGCGAUCAGAUGUCCUCAGCUGUUGCAGCACCUGUUGCUGAACUUGGACUACACGCCGCAUACCGGGGUCGCCCUGGACAGCCAGCUGUCCGCGGGCUCGUGGGUGUGCGAGUGGGCGGUGCGGCGCGGGGCGGCGCCCGAGUGGGCGUGGCGGGCGCUGCGGGCGCUGCGCGUGCACCGCUCGCUGUGGCGGCGGCCGGGCUGCGCGCCGCCGCCGCCCGCCCCGCCCGCCGCCGCGCCUCCCAGCGCGCUGCACGCAGCGUGGGCGCUGCUGGCCGGCGACUGGGGACACUCGGUGCCGCUGGCGUGUGGCCCUGGCGCGGAAGCUCUGCUCCAGCUGGCUCAGACUCGUCCGCUGGAUGCGCUGCACUGUGCGGGAUUCAUCAUGAGGGUGAUGGCGCAAUCGCCGGAGUCCAUUUCCUUUACGCCAAAAUUCACAGAAAUAUUUGCAACGAUCCUGAACUUCGGGCCGUCGCUGGUGCAGCGCGCGUUGGGCCAGCGCGCCGACAGCGGCGCCGAUUUGCUGCAGAAGCUCGUGCUGGACCAGCUUCAAGAUCCAGAAACAGACGAGGCGGAGCGCAGCGCGCUGCUGCGCGCGUGGCUGCACGCGCUGUGGGCGCCGGCGCUGGCGCCGCGCGCGCGCGCGCUGCUGGACCGCGCGCUGCGCCGCUCGCGCGCCUGGCGCACGCUGGACGCGCACGUCGCCGCCUUGCUGCAGGAAGAGUCGGGCCAGGAGUACGUGGGCGACGCCGUGCGGCACGCGGGCGCGGCGCCGCUGCUGUGCGAGUGCGCGCUGCGCCACGCCCACGCGCGCGAGCUGGCCACGCACAUGUACGCGCGCCUGCUGGAGCAGCUCGCCUGCCAGCAGGCCGCCGCGCAGAAGAUACACGUCGAUAACGCUCUGAAGCAAAUCGGCUCCUCCCUGUGUGACGACGAGCUCUCGAUUCACCGCUGCGCAUGCGCAGUGCUGUCGGUGCCCAUGCAACAUCCCGGUCACGUGCUCCUGUGGCGUCUACUGCUGCACAUGUGGCUGCACCGAAGGUCCGAAUCCGCACCACCUGUUGGACCACUUUUCUUCAGUGGCAUAGUCAAAUCACGCACCCUCGCACAACUGAAGAAACGCCUUCAAGAAACAGCAGCAUAUCAUCGUAACCAGGUUGAUAUUCUCAAGACCGGCGAUAGUGCAACCUCUAGUGCUGCAGCACCAACCAAAGUUAGAAAGAGUACCCCCCCUCUAGAUAAUGAUCUAUUUCAAACGUUAUCUGUAGUAACCGAUUUAAUUGGAGAAUCGGAAUCGGAGCAGGAUUUGACUGUGUCAGAAGGCGAUAGCAAUACUGAGACUAAAAGUGAGAGUGAGACAAAAGGAUAUGAUUUAUUAAACCUUAUCUGUUACCACACUGCGGCCGAGAAGAUGGUUCGUGAAUACUUGAUGUGGAUCGAGGAGGGAGAAAACGUGCGUGCGUAUCCACAUCACGCGAACAUAGCAAGAUAUAUUUCGGAACAGGCUCUCGACGCGGCGUGGAGCGCCUCGCUCGACGACGCCCCGCCCCCCGCAGCGCCCGCGGCCCCCGCGCGCCCCGCGCCGCCCCGCCCGCCGACGCACUUCGAGCGCGCCGUGGCCGCCGUCAUGAGCAUCGAGGACGGUUCGCAAAAAAGAUGCAACAUGCACACUUCACACAUAUCCAUCAGCGAUUCGGUCUUGAAGGAUCCAUUCUUAAUGAUUGAAAUGGUAGAAAAAUAUAUAGAAGAAUUGAAAAAACUUACCGAACAAUGGCAGUCGGACUGCUUCCGCGUGGCGCUACUGGACAGCCAGCUAUGGGAUCUGGUGGAGGGCCUGCGCGUGCGCCGCCCUCUGCCCCCCGUGCGAGCUGCCUGUCCCCAAGACUGCAAGCCCCUUGUCGUACACAUCCCUGAAGACGAAUGGUGUAUAUCUUCUGGAGCGGAACAAGCUAUACACGAGAACAGACGCAGCGCGCGCGCAGCCCUGCGGCGCCUGUCGCGCCCGCGCACGCACGCCGCGCGCGUCGCCUCCCUCCUGCACUCCGUGGGCAGACGCAUGCGGAGCGCGCAGACGGGCGCGCGCGCGGCGCAGCUGGCGUGGGGCGCGGCGCCGCGCGCGGAGCCCUACCCGCCCGCGCGGGACGCGCUCGCGGCGCUCGUGGCGGCCGUCGCGCAGCGGUGGCUCAACCACGACAGCGUGCUCACGUCCAAGUUGCUCGCUCGUUGGAGCACCGGCAGCGGUUUGCAGCAGCAGCUGUGCGGGGUCCUGGUGACGCCGGCGCGUAUGCCGGCCAACCAUUGGCCGCGACUCUACGGCACGGUGCUGACGCUGCCUCUGCCCUCCCACGCCAUCUUCAGCUACUUAUCCAAGUUCGACAUAACCCACUGGGCGGAUGUCACCGACACGUCUUCGAGAAACGAAGUUCUUGAAUCAAUCGUCAAAGCUGCUACGCGGAUAGGCCCGGAGCCCAAACAGCAGGACUUGGUUUUGGUUGAAAUUCUAGGCGUCCACUCCGCGGCGCUGGUGCGCGAGCGCGAGCUGUGCGAGCACGUGCUGCGCUGCGCGCGCGCGUGCGCCGCGGGCGCGCUGCCGCCGCCCUACUGCGCGCACCUGCCCGCGCUGGCCAGCCGCGCACGCGAGCUGCACCUGCAACGGGUGCGACUCAUGCGAACGAUAGGAGGACUCCUUCACGAUCUUGGCCUAAUUUGGUGGGAAGCUCACUCGUCGACCCGAAAUAAUAGUUCACUCUACGCUGAGUACGCUCCCCACUUCGCAAAUACGUUGUACUCUCUGUUGAAAGAAUUCGUCGCCGCAGCUGUCAGAUAUACUUAUACGCCGGAAAGGGUGGCGUACUGUUCGUGGCCGGCGCUGCAGACAUCGUGGUGUCCUUGGGUGGCGCCACAAAGCUCGCUUUCACAAAUCGACCACCAGGGCGACGUGCUCGAGCGCUUCGUCGAAACCAUACGCAUGGUAAUGGACGACUGUCCAGGGAGCGCGGACGCCAUGUUGCGAUAUACGUGGGAGUGGGCGGCGCAGUGCGCCCUGAGCGAGCCGCGGGCGAGCUGCGCGCUGUUGGCGCAGCUCGCCCUCCUGCCGUGGCAAACGCCGUGGCUGCGAGCCGACUGCGUGCCGUUGGCGUUGCAGUUAUGUGGUAUCGCGGAUGAUGAGGCGAGGCGCUGGUUCGGUCAGUUCGUGCGGCACGCGAGCGCGGAGUGCUGGCUGCGGGGCGCGGCGGACGAGCAGGUGUCCCCGGCGCUGGCGGCGCUGCUGGCGCUGUUCACGGCCACGCGCCCGCUCGUGCCGUCCGAGACACUCGAGGGGGCAUAUCAGUUGCCAUGGCAUAGAUUACCCUUGCCGGCGCUAGAUGCCGCUCUCGAGAGGUACUUCGCCGACCACCACAAUCCCGGCCUACCCUACCACGAGCUACCGCACUUCAGGGUGCUGCUGUGCGCGGCGCAGCUGGUGCGCGGCGCGGCGGGCGCGGGGGGCGCGGCGCGCGCGCAGUGCGUGUCGCAGUGGGCGCGCGCCCUCUCCUCGCCCGCCCUCCGCGCGCACGUCGCCGCAAACACCCGCUGCUUACUCGAUGUACUCACCGACCUCGCGCCGUCCGUGGAGGAGGCCGAGCUGACGGAGCUGCUGUCGCGCGCUCUCGUCGUGCUGUGCGUGCAGCCCGCAGACGCGAUCGCUUUGCCGGUGUGGGAGCAGUGGGCGUGUGCGUGCGACGCGCACGUGCGCCGUGCGUGCGCAAGCGCAGUGGGCUCCCUCACGGCCAUCGACAGCUUCGCGACGCUCGGAGACACACUCGUCAAGGCUAUUAUGAGCGAGAAAGAGCCGGCGGAUUGGGCGGCGGUGUGGUCGCGCUGGGCGGCGCGCUGCGCGUGGGGCGCGGCGGCGCUGCUGGCGCGCGCGCGCCCGCACGCCGCGUACGUCGCGCUGUUCACGCGCGCGCACCCGCCCGACGAGCUGCGGGACGUUCUGCGGACUCUGCUCGCUGCCGACAUUGACUUUGUUCAGAACGAGGUGAUCAUAUCCGUCUGGAUAUGCGUGGCGAGCCGCGUCAGCUGCGGCGCGGCGAAGGGCGACGAGUGCGCGGGGGCGGCGCGCGCGCUGCUCACGGGCUGGGCCGAGCGGCGCCGGACGCUGCUGCAGCUGGUUACGCUGCAUCCCGCGGGGAACUGUCCCACAGCGCAACAGCAGCUGCUGUGUCGGCUGGCGCUGCACGUGCGCGGCCCCAGCGACGCCACGUGGCGCGCGCUGGAGAGCGCCCGCAGCGCGUGCGCCGCGCCCGCCGCCCGCGCCGCCCGCGCGCCGCCCUCCCCGCGGGCCGUGCCGCAGCUCGCCGCCGCGCUGUACCCCGCGCGCGAACACUACUUCGCGCACGAGCUGCGGCUCGCCCCGGGCCAGUAGGCGGCGGUGAGCCGUCCCGAGAUUACCGAACCGAACCAGGAAACUAUACCAAAAAAUGUUCGCCGACCUCGAGACAAAAAAUAUUUACGAAUUAUCAUAUCCCCGACAGAUGUAGAUAGAUACGUUUAAUAGUUUUCUAUUUAAGAGUAAGACGGAGUUGAUCCAUUUGAAUAGUGUAUAAGAGAGAAAUUUGUAUUAAAGUGGCGGGAGGAUUUUUAAAGGAAUGGGGAUGUUCGAUGAUCGAUUGUUAUGCUCAAAAUAAAACAAAAAAUGAGUAAAAUAGUGAUGUGACUAGACAUAUAUUUUAAAGAUUAUAUUUUUAUCUACGUACCUUAAUUAUCUUAAAAAUAGAAAAAAAAACUGUAUUAGACAAUUAAAUAUUAUUCGAAUAAAUGUUUGUAAA